AACACUGUUCUCCCCUUCAACAGCCUCUCUCCAUGUCACUGGCGCCUCUGAACCCCGGCACGCCUCUGAACCCCGGCACGCCUCUGAACCCCGGCGCGCCAGCAAAGUCUGCAGCUGCAGAGGUCGUAUCGGAGGCGACAAACCAACAGUUGUUUCAAACUCCACCACCGGCUUUUAAUACCACAAGCAGAGCUCGUCGAAACCUUGGUUUCCACACUGGUGCAUUGCAGCUGGAGCAGCAAAUUGGUGUUAAUACUCCAACAACUGCAUCUCAGGAAAGAGCCGUCCGACCGAAAGACACAGAGAGACAGAGGAAUGAACGACAACUAGCAAAGGAAAGGCACGACGCGAUAAGGGCAGAUUUACAGCUGAAAAUUCAGACGAUAGAAAAAAAGAUGGCCGAAGUCAAAUUAUCUUCAAAGCAAUGCAAGGUCAGCUUGGAUACUGAAUGGCUGGAGAUAAACAAUGUGUUCUCGGAUGUGAUGAGAGACGUGAAGGAGGCUUGGGACAAAGCCCUGAAACCUCUGGAGGAGAGGAGAGACAGAGUAAAGGGAGAAACACAAGUCUUUGUCGAGAAACUGGAAAAGGAAACGGACCAACUCAAAAAGGCCAUUGAGGAGCUGGAACAGAACCAAGACUUGCAGGUUUCUCCUCUCACAUGCCUGGAUGACUCUUGGAAAACUGUGACCGUCGACACAUCAUUCGCCUUCGGUACACUCAGAACUACCACUUCAAACAUGAUAAAAAACAUUCAGAAGAAACUAGAGCAACUCUCCUCUACUGAACUCAGGAGGACUUCCAAAUUUGCAGUGGAUGUGAAGCUGGACCCGGCCACUGCUCAUCCAUUCCUUGAGCUUUCCCUCGAUGGGAAGAAAGUGACAGAGGGAGGAAAGGAUCAGAGAGUUCCUUACUCUCCAGAGAGGUUUGACGUGUUCAGCAGCGUCCUGGGGCUCAACAGGUUCCCCUCUGGGAAGUCCUACUGGGAGGUGGAGGUCAGAAACAAGACCGGUUGGGAUCUGGGUGUAGCAAGAGGGGACGCAAACCGCAAGGGUGAACUAUCGCUGACCCCCGAUAAUGGUUACUGGGUUACUGUGCAUUAUGAAAAUGAGAAUUACGCAGCAAUGGCAACUCCCCCGGCCAGCCUCGCCCUUACCGAGAAACCUCAGAAGGUGGGAGUGUUUGUGGAUUACGAGGAGGGUCUUGUGUCCUUUUACAAUGUGAUGGCGAAAUCUCACAUCUACUCAUUUACUGGGUGUUUGUUCAACGGUGAGAUUGUGCCUUAUUUUAGCCCACAUCUUAAAGAAAACGGGAAAAACUCUGCUCCUCUCAUUAUCUCGGCUGUGAAUUAGUCGGAGAGUACGUCUAGUAAGCGCGUGUUCUUCACCUGGUACGAAAUGCACGGAGACUGAGAACGGCUCUGCUUGGGGCCGAUAUCGUUACUGAUAUUCGAGGGGGAAAAUUCCGAUACUGAAAUACCGACCGAUAUCUUUCUAGAUCUAUCUUAGAUUUUUAAAGAUUUAUUGAUAUGGAUAAACACUUAUUGUGUUGAUCCUAUUGUGUCCUAUUUCUCAAUUAAAGGCACAAAAGCCCAAAAAUAAAUCUUUAAAAAAAAUAAAAAUAAAAACAGUGUACUGAAACACUAAUUUAGAAAUUUUUAAUUAAACAAUUGUAAAAAAUAAACUAUGCAAAAAUAAAUGGUCAACUUGAAUAGAAUAAUCCUCGUCACAUCAGAGACAAAAUUAGCCGAUAGUCUCUUGAUAUGCUGAUAUAUCGGCCGAUAUUAUCAGCCAGCCGAUUUAUCGGUCGGGCUCUAUUUUCUAGUCCCCUAAAACGUUACCUUGAACUACUGAAAUCGAAAGCCAGUUUUUCUUCGAAUAUAUUACAUUAUUAUCUGGAGAAAUCCCUCCUUCUUUCUCAAACGUGUAUAUUCACAUUUAAUCAGCGUAAGGCAAGACGUGUUUAUAAUUAGAGAUUGAUUUAGAGAUAAAAGCACAGUCAUAUACAACCUCCAAAGAAAUGUAUAAACAUGGAUUUAGCGUCGGAUUUUACAGUGGCAUUAUAAUUCCUGAAAUCGCUUUAUUUACGUUUCAUAAAAGUUUGUCCGUCCUGGUCAUCUGUGGUGUUCUUUCUAAGCUGUCCUUGUUUACACGGUGUAUUUUUAAAUUAUUUCAUUCCUGAUCAUACAUUGGUGAAGAUAUUUUAAUUCUUAUUUUAGUUUGAUGUUGUAUAUAUUUUACAUGUGUGAGGUUGCUGACAUGAUGCUGAAAUGUAUCAAAUAACCAAAAAGAAGUGGAUUUUAUUGUACUUUACUGUAAGUGGAUUAACCAAUCUACAAAUCAUUUGAAAUGGGUCUCUCUGUUGGUUUUUGUAUAUUUGACUAUUAAAUAUAUUUCUACAACAUU